AUCCCAGGCGGCCUUAGACACGUCCACCGCCGAGAAAUGUGCUCUGCCGGUGGAGGAUUGGGAGGCUGUGUUGUCUGAAUCCCCAGGUCAAGAUCAGUCUAUUCUGAGACUAAUCAUGGGCGAUAUUGAAGACCCAUCUUCGGGAUUGAACAAUAUCUUGCAGAGCAGUGGUGCUGGGUCUCAUAUGGUGGAUUUCAAUGGAGGUUUUGGGGUGGUAGAUCAAGGGUUUGAGCUUGAACCUGUAACUUGUGGGAACAUAAUCAGUCAUAGCACUUCAGAACCCAUUUUCUCGGCUUCAGCAACCAAUCCUCUGAUGAUGUCAUCUUCUCCAUUGGUGUUCAAUUCUCAGGCGCAAGUAAGUUCAUCGGUCGAAGACAAGUUAAACCGGAAUCAAGUCCAAUUCUCUGAGAAUCCAUCUUUCUUUAUGCCACUGUCAUACCCACAAUUGCAAGAGCAGCAAGUUUAUUCUCAGCCUCAAGCAAAACGGCUUCUUUGUGACACAAUUGGGCAAGGCUAUCAGGUGCCGAAGGGUGCGGUAUUGGAUUCGGGGCAAGAGCUAUUGGCUAGGAGGCAGCAAUUGCAGCUUCCUAUGAACACUCAACAUGUGCACCAUCAAUGGCAAUCCUUAAUUGAGCCACCAUUGAAACAGCAGAAGGUGAGCUCUGCAGGGGAUGAUUUCGCAACUCAAGAGCUCCAGCAGACUAUAAUUGAAAUGAUUUUCAAGGCUGCGGAGCAUAUCGAAGCCGGUAACCCGGUAAAUGCGCAAGGGAUAUUGGCGCGGCUCAAUCACCAGCUCUCCCCUAUUGGUAAGCCAUUUCAGAGGGCUGCAUUCUAUAUGAAGGAAGCCUUGCAGUUACUGCUGCAUUCAAAUGGGCAAAGCUUAUUGGCUUUCUCGCCCAUCAGUUUCAUAUUCAAAAUUGGAGCUUAUAAGUCAUUCUCUGAUAUAUCUCCAGUCAUUCAGUUUGCUAAUUUUACUUGUAAUCAAGCGCUCAUUGAGGCUGUGGAGAGUUUUGAGAGGAUUCACAUUAUUGAUUUUGAUAUUGGGUUUGGAGUGCAAUUGGCUUCUUUCAUGCAAGAGCUGGCCUUGAGGAAUGGUGGUGCACCUUCCCUGAAAGUUACUGCAAUUGUAUCCCCAUCCACCUGUGAUGAAUUUGAGCUCAAUUUUACCCGAGACCACUUGAAACAAUAUGCCAAAGAAAUCAACAUAUCCUUUGAGCUUAAUGUUAUGAGCAUUGAAUCAUUAAACUCUACUUCCUGGCCCCUUCCUAGUCGAUUCCCCGAUUCAGAAGCAAUUGCUGUGAAUUUGCCUGUUUCUUGUUUCUCAAAUUACCCUCCAUCCUUUCCUGUGGCCCUUCGCUUUGUAAAGCAACUCAUGCCAAAAAUUGUGGUCACCUUGGAUAGAAGCUGCGAUCGAAUCGAUGUCCCAUUCCCCCACAGUUUAAUCCAUGCCCUUCAAUCUUACUCAGCCUUGCUUGAAUCCCUGGAUGCUGUGAACGUGAACCUCGAUGUCCUCCAAAAGAUUGAGAGGCACUUUGUCCAACCGGCCAUCGAGAAGAUCAUACUAGGUCGCCACCAAUGCAGGGGAAAGUUUGCCCCAUGGAGGAGCCUACUUCUCUCAUCUGGGUUCUCUCCCUUCUCAUUCAGUAACUCUACAGAAGCUCAAGCCGAGUGCUUGGUGCAGAGGGCGGCUGUGAGGGGAUUCCAAGUGGAUAGGAAGCAUUCUUCUCUUACCUUAUGCUGGCAGAGGAAGGAACUCAUCUCUAUUUCAACUUGGAGAUGCUGAGCAGUAGCUGAAUCAGUAAUAUGCUUUCAAAGGUGCUUCAUGACUUACUCAUUUAGUUUAUUUUUCUGAGUCCUAUUGUCUGUGGUUGUUCUCAGUGCUACUAAUUGUUCAUGUAAUUUAGGUUCUUAGUUAUGCUAUCAAUCAACUCAACACCUCCAAAUCUUUUGUUAAAUGGAUGGGAUGGCAUUGUACAGUUCCUAUUAUUAUGUAUUUUUCUAGCAUUUUCCACUUUGAAUCCGGGCAUCAUCUAUGCCUUUUCCCACAUCCAUCUCCUGGAUGGUGACUUUUUUAUGUAGUCUUGACCUUAAAGCAAAUUGCUUUGGAAGCAAAGAACUCUGUAUGUUCUAAAAGUUGGACUAUAAAUCAAUGGAGGCACUGAUUUUAUCA